AUGGUGCAGUCGAGAAACACUGCUACUAGUAGCAGCGACGUUGGUGCUCACCCCCGAAGUGCAAGGCGAUCGCGGAAAGGCUGUCCUGAAUGCCGCAGGCGCAAAAUCAAAUGCGAUGAGAGUCAGCCUCGCUGUGGCCAGUGCCAGAAAGGGGGCCGGAAAUGUCGAAUUCUAGACUCUGUCUUCAAGCAACACGCUUUCACAGUCGAGCAGAAUGGGGCCAACCACACGACGCAGGCUGACAGGCCUGACGUGAACGACUCAGUUCUUUUCAUAGGGGCGAACAGCGAAGACUCUCCCACUUCAAGAGUCCGUCGAGGUAGGACCGUAAUAGCUAGUCCGCCAGGGCUGGACGCCUAUGCUCAAACAGUCCUCUUACCAAGUGAUGUGCCAAUCAACAAUUUCCCUGUUGAGACCACCACUACGAGAGAUACAGCCAACCAGCCGGCUGCCGAGAACUCCACUGUGGGUCACUCGAUCUUGAACAGCACUGAGGUACAAGACAUUUUACUGGAGGUUGAUUCUUCGAGAAACCUUGAGACACUUGAAUCCACCAUUCCAGAAAGAAACUGCGUGCCCGGGGAUUCGACAAUCGAUUCAUUCAAGGACUCCCAGGAGGAACUGUUCCUCCUCCGGCAUUAUUCGGAAUGCAUAGCUCCUUGGAUGGACUUACUCUACCGUUAUGAAGUUUUCAGUCGUGAAACCUUAACCCUGGCCCGAGACCAUCCCAUACUGCGCUAUGCCGCCUGUGCGGUCGCUGCUAAGCAGCUUGGUCAAAUGAGAAUACCUGUCUCGGAUGUUCUUCGAGGAAAGACUCAAAAGAUGAUCGCUUUAAAGUUCACUCAAAGUCGGCUAGGCUUUCUCUGGUACAGCGCAAAAUACUACGAGAGAGCAAUACAGACGCUCGUCAAGUCUAUCACACCUAAGGAUAAUCAAUCGACGCAAAAUCUCCACAACCACGUCUCUCCAUCAGUGUCAUUAUCACAAGGCGAUCUCAUGGUACAAGCCGAGGGCGAGGACCCUAUUGUUAGAUUGCUAGGCACAUGCAUUCUUAUCCAGUAUGAACAUUUAAGCGCAACUGGGAAUGCUUGGGCUGGACAUUUGACUGGAUUCUCCAAGCUUCUUGAUCUAAUUGACGAUGGCAAAUUACUGGAACCGAAUUCAAUGUUCUCUCAGGUGUAUCCCUUCACAAAAGACAUUAUGGAACUCAAAGCUGGCUUUUGGAAUUUUGUCGUUAAUGACUUCGAAGAAUCAUUUGUUUCACAUCGACGGACGCGCAUAGAUACGGAGAAUCUUUCGCUUUGGCGCAACAUGGGUCUCGUUAUUGAGGACGAUGGCAGACUUACUACAAGUUUCAGCUCCAACAGUUUGUCUGCUACGCCAGAACAUGCAAGAGAUAAAAUCUUGUCCUAUACACUCAUACGACUGGUAUGCAAGCUUGUCGACUACUUAGCUCCAAUACUGAACCCUGACCCUCUACUGCCCCAUGGGGGACCAACGUCAGUGGGGGAUACGAAUGCGGAAUACAUAUACCUGGAAAACCAAUUCGAUUCGUGGAUUCAGAUCCUCUCACCCUCAUUUCAUCCAGACGGGUCCUUCUUAACCCGGCACGACGAGCGCGGAACUUCGAAAUUAUUUGGCCGUGAGCUUUGGUUUAGCAAUGACCUAUGCGCCACCACUAUGAUGUACUACCAUAUGGCUCGCAUGCUCCUGCUUAUCCAUCGCCCCUCCCUCCUUCUCUUCGGCUCUAUCUCACAAGGAGAACGAACUCCAUUCGAUCUAUUAUACACUUACCGGAUCAUUGAACGGCAGCUACACCUUCACGCGUCUGAAGUCAUCGCAAUCAUUCAAGGAACACUCUGUGACGCAGUAAAACUAAGAGCCAUUCAGCCUUUGUAUGUUGCAGGUCGAUGCUGCACGGAUACAGCGGACAGGCAUCUCCUAGUUGGAAUGUUUAGGGACAUACAAGACUCUUUAGGCAUCGCCACCGAAUACCGGGUCAAAACCUUACUCCAAGAGUGGGACCUGCCUUAUGAAGCGCUUGGAAUUGAAGAGAGACCGAUGGCUGAAUCACCAUGA